AUGCAGGACACCAUUGGGCAAAUAUGCCCUGAAGACGCAAGUAAACUAAAACCUUACAUAGGACAUUAUGCAGCUGUGGAGCCUGACAUGAAGGGGCUGGAACUGCUGAUUUUCUCCGACAAUAAGAAGUCCCGCACUAGGAUGGGAGUUAACCACCCCCAGAUUGCUGCCAUGCUCUGUCCGAUCAAACACCUUACAUUGUACAAUGAGGAUCACAAGAAAAUUCAAGCACAGCUGCAAAAUGGAGAGGUAAAGAUGCAUGCAGCUGCAUGGCCUGCAUUUGCAUAUGAGGGCGAUUCACCUGGAGAAAACUUCGAUCUGCUGAAUAUGCAAGAUGGCCUUUUCAAAGGCUAUCUUAUGAAAUGGGUUUUCCGUCAUAUAUUCAAGGGUCCUUCCUCCGCACUUGUCAAGGACAGAGAGGCCGUAACCACCUGCUCAGGCAAUGCGAAGCUUCACAACAUGACACGGGUGGAUGCCGAACAUAUUGCCUAUACAUUUGUCCAGGCAUGUAUGUCUAUUUCAUCACGCAACAACUGGCAGGCAACUGAUGGUAAUUACAACUAUCAUGACACAUACUACCGAAUCAUCAAAGCCAUUCGGGACCCAUUCGAUCAGGAAUGGGCAGAUUCAUUGCUCAAGUGGUGGAACAUGUAA